GAGAGAUAGUUGCAUGGGUUGUGACAACACCUGUAUUACCAGGUUCAGUUUGAUUCCUCCGAGGUGAAUGUGCUCCUCUCUGCUCAACGUUUUUCAUUGCUACAUUUUCUUUCAUACUGAGAAGAUAUGGCAGAUUUUCCUGGGAUGGUUAACACUCAGACAAGCUCAUAUGAAUCUCAAAGACGCUCCGGAUUCCUAUCAAUCGUUGAUGUGAACUUCAUCAAGACCAUUCCUGGUAUCCUUCUUCUGGCUGAGAUUGUUGUUGGGUUACUGGUGUGGCCACUGAUUGCCAGUAGUAAAUUUACCACAACACCUGAAUAUGGCUGGGUGAUGUUUGUCAGCGUGACACUGUGGCUUCUAAGCAUCGCCGUGUUCAUCAUGCUAUUGCUGAGUUUGCAUGAGAGGCUUUCAUCAGUGCCCUGGCCUUUUGUGCUCUUUGUGUUUUAUGCAGUCGCAACUGUUCUGUACUUAACUGCCUUUUUGACUGAUGCAGCAUCAGUCCCAAUCAACAAUGGUGAACUGGGAACUUCUGCAUUUUUUGCCAUAGUGGUGACACUAUUGUAUACAGCUAGCAGCUUCUUCGCCUACUUAGGUUGGAGAAGUAAUGGCCAAAACGCAGCUGCAACCACAGUGCCUGUGUAGACGUUCCUCUGAUCCACACACUCUCAUUG